CGACGAUAAGUAGCUGGAUUCUACGGGUAUGAGGCGUAGGAGGCGUAGGAGGCGUGCAUGCAGCUGCAGCCAAAAUUGUGUUGAAAGCCUCCUAGGUAGCUAAGUAUGUAUCUCUUCCCGCUCUCACAACAUCACAAACUUGGUAUCACUCCACUCGACCGUCGUGUGAGCUAGGGAAUAGAUUCCUCAUAUGACUGAGGGAGAACAUAGAAAAGUUGUCGAAGACUUGAUUGUUACUGCGCAGCUUCACACGAUCGUCAGCAGCUGUACAUCCUGCUCUGUUCUCCGCUUCGCUCCCCGACAGUGAUACAAACGCUGUCCAUCAUACCGGCAUUAUGAAAGAUUUCGACCUCGCAAAACUUCCCGAUCAAACAGGUCGCCAUAUCGUCGUCACCGGCGGGACUAGCGGUCUGGGCCUACAGAUGGUCGAGCGUCUCGCUGGCCUCAACCCUUCUCUGGUGGUCUUUACCGGCCGAAACGAAGCCCGUGGUGCUUCUAUCGUCCAAAGGCUCCGCGAGCAACAUUCAAAUGUCCGGGUAGAGUUUCUCAAGAUGGACUUAGCAUCGCUUAGCGAUGUCCAGGCUUCGACUGCCACGCUGGCGACGAUGCUCGGGGAUAGUCUGGAUCUCUUGAUCUGCAACGCAGGCAUUAUGGCCACCCCGCCAGGACGAAGUCAAGAUGGCUAUGAAAUCCAAUGGGCUACGAAUCAUCUCGGUCAUGCCUUGUUGCUGAAGCACCUCCGCUCUACGCUUACGGCGACAGCUCAGGCCCACGGUGAUGCUCGAGUCGUUGUGCUUACCUCCGAGGGCCUGUUCCUUGCACCGGAGGGAGGCAUCGUCUUUCGAGACCUGAAGACUACGCAAGACUACGGAUUUGGAGCUAGAUGGCGGCGCUACGGCCAGAGCAAAUUGGCCAAUGUCCUCUACACGCAGCAGCUUGCAGAACGAUACCCGGAAGUCUCCUUUGUUGCAAUCCAUCCAGGUGUCGUAGGCACUGAUCUGGUGAACUCACUCGGCUUUGCGGAUCGACUUUUGGUGUACACUACUUCCAAGGUCUUGAAACCCGAGGACGGCUGCAAAAGCCCAUUGUGGGGUGCGACCGUGCCUCGCAGCUCCUUUACUAACGGAGGAUAUUAUCGUCCUAUUGGAGAAGUAGGCAAGCCGACAAAGUGGACGCAAAGCAAGAAGCUAGGCGAGGAACUGUGGACGUGGACGGAAACCGCAUUGCAGGAGUUUGAGUGAAGACUCUCACGGUUCGACGUAUUGUCGACAACCUGCGUGUUGGCUAGUACUCUGCUGGUGAGGGACUGUCAUCAAAGGUUCGACUCCAUAGGAUCUAUUGUGUGAGAUGUUUUCGUGCACGUCCGAUUCAGUAUUCGUCGGUGUCAGCAAUACCUUUUGGGCAAGGAUUGUGUUUUUGCGCACGCGACACCUCGAUCUGACACCAGAGGCCCAAUCUGGCGACUUCGAGCUCCUGUAUCACUGAUUUGGAUUUUUGCAUCUUCCUAAGUUCCCUUCUCUGAUCUCUUGCUUUGAAUUCCUGGUAGGUUGCGGAGGUGAAGUUGCGGAUUUGAAGCGCUCGAGACUGUGCGACGGGCGACCAGAGAUCCAAGAUCUGGCACAUCGCCAUAGCCUGGGGAUGGCAGGGAGAAUGAUGCAUCGAUUGCGGCUUGUUGCGAGUGCCGAGUCUUCCAAAAUG